AUGUGCCAUUGGGCAACUGUCAUCAAACAGUUGGAACUCAUUCAACAUGACAACAUUGAAGACCAUAUUUUUGAAUUGUAUUCCGAGAGGCAGCUUCAAAACAAUUUAGGUUACGUCGAUCGUACAGCUAAUGAAAUUACUGUUACACUACCAAGAAAUAAAAUUGACUUGAACAUCACCCAAUCAUUGACUCUGCUAGCCAACCAAAAAAGUAAUCCUUCGUCAACAGGGUAUAUAUGUUGGAAAUCUUCAAUACAUUUCACAGAUUGGUUAAUUUCAUCAGAGUGUCCGUUCAAAUUAUCGAAAAAAUUUACCAUUUUAGAAUUAGGAUCAGGUACAGCAGCAGUAUGUGCAUCUGUCCUACUGUCUAAAGUUCAACAUUUUAUUGCAACCGACCAGAAACAUGUUUUGAAGUUGUUAAGACAAAACAUUGAGAAUAAUGUAUCAAGUUUUACUAAUAGCAUUAUUUCAAAAAACCGUGGUGGCAAACAUCACCAAGUAAUUGAUGUGAUUGAGUUUGAUUGGGAAAACAUCGAUAUGGGAAAGCUCAAUAUACAAAGCUUGAACUUACAGAAACAGUACCCUGAUGUGAUAAUCGCAUGUGAUACAAUUUAUAAUGAAUACUUGAUUUCCCAUUUUAUUAAGUCUUUAAACACAUUGAUGGCAGAUAGUCAAAAAACCGUUGCAUUAGUUGCAAUUCAAUUGCGAGAUCCAAUUACAUUUGAGGUGUUUGUGACAGAAGUUGUCCAAGAUAGGAACCUUUCGCUAUAUAAUGUACCUGAUCAUUUGUUGAGUGAUGAUCUAAAGAAUGGUUAUGUAGUUUACUGUAUACUUAAAAGCUGA